UAGUUUAUGUAUUUUCUUCUAUUUGUAAGAAAACUUGGAGAGUUAAUUUAUUAGAAUGUGAAAAUAUUUUUCUCCUUCAAAAUGUUGAAGAAUAAUUUUUUGUGAUGAGUGAGUGCUCUCUGGAUUUUCCAUUAUAUUCGAGAAUUAGUGCAACAACAUACGUGUUGCACUCUACUCGAACACGCAUGCAAAAUAGUCAAUUGAAAUAGUGUUUGUUGAAAAUAAGUUACACAUUUUCUUUCCAAAUGGUGGAUUACAAUAGUUACAAAAUGUCAGCGAGCGAGGAGGAUUUUGAGCAACAAGCUCACCCAGGAAUGACCAAAGCUGAACUCAGAAGGAAUAAUAAGCCGAUUAUGGAAAAACGGAGACGAGCUCGAAUUAAUCAAUGUCUCGAUGAAUUGAAGAAUCUCAUACUCGAAGCAUUGAAGAAAGAUCCGACAAGACACUCGAAGCUCGAGAAAGCCGAUAUUCUUGAAAUGACGGUGAAACACUUACAGACAGUACAGCGUCAACAAUUGAGUACCGCAAUUGCAACAGACCCAGCGGUACUAACGAAAUUCCGUUCUGGAUUUUCCGAAUGUGCUACGGAAGUAUCGCGGUACGUCAGCAACCUAGAGAACGUCGAUCCUGCCGUGAAGCAGCGUCUACUCUCACACCUAAACAAUUACGUUAGUAAUCUCCAGCAAAUAGGACCGUUCUAUGGCCACUACGUGCCCUACAUGCCGGAACGUCUCUAUCCCGAGGUAAAGGUCGGCUACCAUAGCGAAGUAGCCAAUGGGGAUGAGAAUAAUAACUCCAGCACCAGGAUACAGAUACCAAACGGCGUUCAGUUGAUACCUAGCAGACUUCCAACAGGAGAGCUGGCUCUACUAGUCCCACAAUCAGCAGCAAUUUCUACAAACUUUUCUUUUUUCCCACAUCCCUCGGAAUCAAUAUCUAGAACGAUAGCAUCAUCGGCCUUCUCAUCGGUACAUAGAAUACAUAGUCCUCUUGACAGCCCAUCAACGUCCACCUCUAGCUACGGAGAGGAGAAUCAUCAUUUGGAAUGUUAUCCUCAAAUACAUCAACAGCCGAAGUUCAAAAUACCUGAACAAAGUUCUGGCAGUAGUAAAAGUUUUACCAGUUCGCCAGACACUCAAAAAGCUCAAAUUACUUCUAGCAGCGAUAGAAAAUCUCCCUUAUCAUCGACGUCGUUCGACUUUAAAUCGGAAGUAAAUGGAAAUCUUAAAAAAGAAGCGAUUCACAAUUUUUCCGAACAGAUAGAUUGCAUAGCCUCGACGAGUUUACGACAACCUCUUUCAGUUAUUACUGAUAAGACUUAUAAUCGUCCAUGUACAUCGUUAAGCAAUAAGGAUAUAAAAAGACAUCCUUCGGAUAGACUACUCAUAAUCCCUGAGAAGAAACAAAAGUUACAGGAUGACGCUCCAUCGUCAUCUCUAACAUCGGACGAUAAGAGAAAUGAAAAUAGUCAUGAUGUUUCCUCAGAGGAUCGAACAACAAAUGCAUCAACAAGUUCCAAUACAAAUCGUUCUAAUGCCAAUUCCUCACAGGGUUUUUCUAACUCUGCUGGUCCAUCCUCGUCGAAUGGAGACAUGUGGAGACCAUGGUAAUCGACCUCGUUAAUUUAAAGGAGAUUGAAACGAAAUUUGAUUUUUUUGUGAUCUUCUUUUAUAAUUUUUUUUUAGAAAGCGUCAUAAUAAUCUUACGAUAUUAUGAAAUGCUUUAACGAAGAUUAAUGUUUUUCAUUAAUUGAUAAUUUCGUCUAUCUUUAUGUAUUACGAACGUAUUGAUUAAUUAAAAUUUAUGUUUUCUUUUCUUUAUCAUAAAAUUCUUUUCUUUAUAAUACAAAAAAAAAAUGUUUAUGUAGAUUGUAAUGAUAAUAAGAGAGAAGAAUUGUCUUUAAUUUGGUGCCAAAGGACAAGAAGUUGUAGUUUUUAUUUCUUUUUUGUUCUGUUAAAAAAAAAAAAAAAAAAAGACACAAAGAAAAAAAAAAUACUUUCUAUCAGAAUCCUAAUACUAUUAUAGAUUUCAUUAAAUUGGUAACCGAAGAACGUACGUACUUCCAAGCUUUAAAUAUCAUCCAAGCUUUAAAUCUCGUAUUAAGCUGCGCUUAUGUAUAAUUCUGUAAAUAGUUGACAGUUUAAUUUAAUGUAUUCCUUAAUUUAGUAUUAAAGAUUGUGAGAUUAGAAGAAGUCAUGGUGUUUAUCGUUAUAAGCACGAAUAGUAUUAAGAGUUUGUGAUAAAUAUUAUAAUAUUGAAAUAAACUAUUUGUCAAAAGCAAA